UUUAAUUUGAUGCAGGUUCAGUAUAUUUUAAAAAGCCAUAAACAAUUAAGUAAACUCUCUGAAAAAAAUGACUUAUGAUGACGAACAAACCUCAUUAAAUGCAUCGUUUAGUUUAUCAGAAGAUAACGAACAAUUUACAACAUUAUUUAUAGCUGUUGUGAUUGCUUCAAUCGCAUCUGUAUGUGUUGGUUUCAGCAUUGGUUACACCUCACCUUACAAUACAGAAUACACAAAACUUAGCAAUGAAAUUUUGUUUGCAUCUCUGCUUGGAAUCGGCGCUGUAGUUGGAUUGAUCCUUGGGGGUUUCUGCUUAGAAUAUUUCGGAAGAAAAAAAGGAAUAAUGUUAUCGGCAUUAUUUUACACUCCAGGAUGGGUUUUAAUUGGCUAUUAUCCCAAUAAAACAAAUUUAUAUAUUGGUAGAAUGUUGACAGGGGUUGCCACUGGUUUGUGUUCACUCACUGUACCCAUAUAUAUUGCGGAAGUUUCAUCAUUUAAAUAUCGUGGAAGGUUAGGAGUUGUAAAUCAAAUUGGUAUCACUAUAGAGAUAUUUUUAGCUUUUUUAAUAGGUUCAUACGGCAACUCCAAACAAUCAGCCACAGCUGCAUUUGUUAUUGCUUUAGUCAUGGAAGUUUUAGUUUUAUUUAUUCCCGAAUCUCCUAGAUGGUUGUUUGCUAAAAAGAUGCGAUACGAAGCCUGUAAAACAUUAAAAUGGUUACGAGGCAGCUCAUACGAUGUGGAAGAUGAAUGUAUUGAAAUUGAACAUAACUUGGGUAUGUUACGUUUAUUUUAUAGACGUUGCAUCAAGAUUUCCUUCGAUAUCGCUCCCAGAACCCAGGUCCGAUAUCUCAAAGGGCUUUCUACCGGUGGUGUCAAUAUGGGGGAGAUGAUCCUUCCUUUAGAUGGAGAAGACAAGCCCCAUAUGACACCAUUGUUGUUUCCAUGUGAAAAAUUAUGUGGAAGUUAUUACAAGGUGUUGGAAAAUCAUGGAGUUUCAGAUUUUAGCAAAACACCAGGAAGUAAUGAGUGGUCAGACACAAUUGUAAUAUACUUUAGUGAACAGGCUGUUGAAACAGCUGUAAACAAUAUUAGUGAGAUGGGACUUUAUUUAAAACAAAAGUUAUUGAACAUUUGA